GAAGCCGAAAUUAGUGCAACCACAGGCCAGGGCCAGAGCGGAUCUCCUCGAAACGUCCAUCAUCCAAGAUGCAGAUGAUCUAUGUGACGCUAGUGCUGGCGCUGAGCUCCACUGCCCUCGGGGCGGCCAUUCUCCCGCUGACCCUGAUCAAAGACGGCGUCGUAUCGAACCAGGCCCUGCCCUUGGACGCGGAGAAAUUCGGUUACCUGGAGUUCAAGCCCAACGGCUCACUGGUCCUCAGGAGGGCUCCCAACCAGAGCGGCAGCAACCUGCAGAAUAUUCUCAUGCUGCGAGGAAUCCUCCAGGCCCUCAAGCUCAAUCCCUCGAAGAUUUCCGAAACUAAUGGCGAAACCCGAUUCGAUUUUAAGAUGUAUGGAGAUGGUGUGGAGCACAAGUUUCCGCCCAUACUGGAGAACAUCAUUCAACGCAUUCAAACGUACUUCUCGGUCUACCGCUAUACGGAUACGAGCAAGCCCCUGCAGCGGAUUGAGCCCACUUCCACCGAACCCACGGAGGAUUCUACGGAUUUAACUACCCUAAGAACAGAGGACCCAGAGCAACUGAUAGUCGUGGGAGAACAGGAUGCCUACAUAACAGUGGGCGAUGAUACGGAUUAGUCAUAGCUCUAUUUAUUACAUAUU